CCACCACCACCAUCACCAUUAUAUAAUAUUACUGCACACAUUAUUUGUCCUUAGUCUGUAUGUGUAGGGCUUCACUCUCUUUUUUAAUAAUCCAACCUAGUCAGUGUUCCACGUGCUUCUGGGGACUCUACCCCUUCAACCCCCCUUUUACUUCAUUGCCAUUCCAUACCAUACCCCCCCUCCAUUUACACUCUUUGACCAUAUCUCAAACACACACACACACACACACACACACAAAAUAUCAAGAUUUUCAAGAUCAACAAAAAUACCAAAACCCAGAUUCAAAAACCUGAAAUUAUACCUGGGCUUGUGUUAAAAACUUGAAUUUUGUUAUAAAAAUGGAAGCUUUACAAGAUGACAAUGGUGAUGGUGGAAUGUUGUGUACUGAACAUCCAUACAAGAACAAUACACCAGCUGGUGGUAUAUGUGCUUUUUGUCUUCAAGAAAAGUUAGGCAAGUUGGUUUCUUCUUCUUUUCCUAUUGCUGUUUUCCCAUCUUCUUCUUCUUCUUCACCAUCUUUUAGAUCUGACAUCAAUGUCCCAACCACCACAAGCACCGCCGUUUCAUCCACCGUGGCACCACCACGGAUGAUGAUGAGCUCAACCUCAUUGAUUGCCUCAAAUACAAGAAAUAAUGAGUGUAACUAUCAUCACUAUUAUUCCAAUAGUAAUAGUACUAAUGGGUCAAAUAAGUCAAGGAUUCUUUAUCUUCUUGGUCAAAAGAAGAAGAAAAAGAAAGAUGUUGUCAACAUUAUCGAUGACCGAAGCAAAAACAUGAUGUUUAAAAGAAGCAAGUCCACAGUCACUCCUAGGCGUGGCGGCUUGCAUUUUACAGACAGUGAUGAAAACAUUAACAGUCCACAUAAACAACGUGGUUUCUGGUCGUUUCUUUAUCUACAAAAACACUCAAAACAACAACAAAAAACUCUCAGACACAUUUCAUCAAACAGUUUGUGCUCAUCAUCAGUUAGCUCGUACCCACAAGCUCAAAGAUCUAGAGACAUGAUUGUUGUUGAAGAAAACGGAAGCCCAUGUCAAGCGUCUUUCGACCGGAAAGUUUCCAGAUCCAGAUCCGUCGGGUGCGGCAGCCGGAGCUUUUCCGGUGACUUCUUUGAAAGAAUCUCAACUGGGUUUGGAGACUGCACGCUCCGGCGCGUGGAAUCACAGCGUGAAGGGAAGUCAAAAGUCUCCGGCAUCCGCGGCGGCGGAGGCGGUCAAGAUUGCAUCAAGGAAAGAGUCAGUGAAGGCAGUGAUCUAAAGAUGACGUCGGCGGUGACGUCAGGACACAGUCAUCAUCAGCAGCAUUCAAGGAGCAAGAGCUGGGGAUGGGCCUUGGCAAGCCCAAUGAGAGCAUUUAGUAAACCAUCAAGUAAAAAAGAACAACAAGCCUCAAACAAGAAUCAAACUCCAAAUUUGGCUGCUAUCCCUUCUUUGUUAUCUGUGAGAAGCUAAAUUUUUAUCUAUUUAUAUUUUUUAUAAUGUUCUUUUUUUUGGUCAUUUUUCAUUUGAUUGGUUUUAUUUUUAGAUGGGUGUGAAAUCUUAUCUAGUUUAUGAUAAAAGGAAUCAAGAAAAUGGGAAUUGAAAAUGGUGUGAAGGAAUAAUUACAAUAAUUAUAUCAUCUAAGUAAGCUAGUGAAAUCAUACCAUUAUACUCUUUUGAAGUACACAUUUUAUUUGGUAAAUUGGUUCAUCUUUUGUUAUGGUAAA